CUUGAAGGCUGCUUGGCUUCUUUGAAUGGCCAUGCGAUGCAAAGCCUUUGAGUCAGCAGCGGCUGAACUUGUGGAUGAGAGUCUUCAUCCGCUGGAGCAGCUUGACAUCUUGGCCAGGAAGGUCGGUGAGCUCAAAUCUUCGGGCGACACGGAUGCAGUCAUUGAGUGCAGAAUCAAGGAGCUGAGCCUCCAGCGAGUCCUAUGCUACUUGCACCAGUUCCCCCUGCAGCCUCUCAUCCAGGCUCAGGCGGCUCUUGCAGAGGCGUACGGUAAUGGGGGCUACUAUGCGCAGGCCAAAGAGCAUUUAGCGCAAGCCCGCGAAGUUUGCAGUGGCGGAAUCUACGAUGAGAUGCAGUGUCAGCGCUUGCAGGCAGAUCUUAUGGCGUCCGAGGGGGCAGUCUGCUUUGCCGAGGGUCAGCUGGAGGCAGCCGAGAGAGUCCUCAUGGACGCAGCCCGGAUGGGCAGAGAGACGCGGGGCGAGCUGGACAGAUUCGCAUCGCAUGUGCAUAUGCUCCUGGGCGAGGUGGCCUCGAAGAGAUGCAAUGUCGACCGGGCCAUCGACCACUUCUCAGAAGCUUGGCAGGUGCAUGAUUAUCUAGAUGGCGCUUCUGCUGAGCCUACUUUGAGGAUCAGGAUUCGAGUAGCAGAAGCUGAACGCUCUGCGGACAGGCUGGAAGAAGCUGUGAAGAACAUACAGGCGGUAGUCGACUGUCUCAAGGAGGAUUUUGCGUUGAAUCCCCAGUUGCUGCUCGCGAGCGCCUCCAAGCUAGCGCGCUGGCUUGAGGCUGACAGUCGUGAUCAAGAGGCGCUCGAGGCGCUUCAGACAGCUGAAGCUGUUGCGCAACAAGAGCAGGAAGCUUUCUGUGAGGAAGACCCUCAUGUCGUGGAUGUGAAGAGAGACAUGGCGCUACUGCACAUCAAGCUAGGGCACCACGAUCAGGCUUUAAAGUACCUGAAUGAGGUGCACUACUUUGAAAGAAGGCUGCAUGGCUCCCAGUCUGCUCAAGUGGCGCGGACACUGAAGGCUCUCGGCACCGUGCAUGUGGCACACGGCAAUCCAGCGGAAGCAGAGCGGUGCCUUCUGCAGGCAUUGAGAAUCUUCGAGACUGACAGCCAGCUGUAUGCUGGGAGCAUCAGGGAUAUUCAUGCAAAGUUGGCAAGCAUUGGGCCGCCAUCUUGAACGACCAGCCAUUAUCUUGUGUGACGAUAAAAUCUAGCACUCAGUGCUGCCCAUGUGGAAGCCAAUAUGGCUGCCAUUUGUAAAUGACAAUCAUGUUGAUUCCUUGCACGGUAAAAUUGCCGUGCAUCAAGCAGACAGCAGAUAG